AUGCGUCGACCUGGUACGCUGCCCACAUUAAAUCAGCGUAAUAAUAAUACAAAUAUUAAUAAUAGUAAUAAUAAUAUAAAUAAUAUAAAUAAUAAUGGUAUUUUUAUGUCUAGCCAAUCAAAUGAUAUAUCUGAUAUAAGUAAAAAUGUUCAUAAUAUUAAUACAAUGUCAAGAAAUAAUAAUAAUAAUAAUGUUAAUAUUAAUAAUAAUUAUAAUAAUCAUCAUUCCAGUCAUUCAUUAAAAAGAUUAAAUAAUAAUAAUCAAAAAUCUACACUACCAUCAUCAUCAUCAUUACGUGAAUCAUUAAAUAAUAGUGGUGGUGGUGGUACAAUGAGAGAAGUAUCAGUUAGAAUACAAAAUGAUGAUUAUAAUGAUGAACGUAUUUAUGAACAAAUUUUAAGUACAAGACAUCAUUCACCACCAUGUCCACAAAGUUCAUAUCCAACAUUACCAAUUAAUAAUAAUAUAUCACAUAAUUAUAAUCAUUAUAGAGAUAAUGAAAUAUCAAGAGAACGUGGAUUUAUUAUUAAUAGAGACAGAGAACUUCCUAUUGUACCACAUAGAAAUGACAAACACUUGAGGGAAUCAAGAAAUCCUCUUGAGCUUGAAAUUCAUGGUGAUGGUAGUGGUAUUGGCACGUAUCAAGCAUAAAUAAAAAUUAUUUAAAUAAUUUAUCAUUAUUAUUAUUAUUAUUAUCUUGAAAUUUAUUAUCUUUUUUAUUUCAAAUGCUCUUAAUCUUUCUUGAGCGUUUUUAUUUUAUCAUCUUUAAAAAAAAUUGCGCAAAAAUAUGAAAUUUAAAAAAAAAAAAAAAAAUACAUUCUGUGAAUCAAAUUGAAGACUGAUGAAUGAAUGAUAUGAAAAAUAAUAAUAAUAAUAAUUUAAAAAAUAAUUAUUCAAGUUAGAAUAUGUGGGAUUAGGAAUUUUUUUUUGUUUUUUUUUUGUUUUUUUGUUUUGAUCUUUUGGAUCUCUGUGGCAGCUAAUUUAUAACUGGGAUCAAAUAUACUUUUGACUUGAAUAAAUCUAUUACAUGUGAUUAAAAAAUUUAAAUGUCAAUUUAUAAUUUACAUGACAUGUUAAAUAUAACUUGUAAUUAUUUUUGUAUUAUUAAUUAUUAUUUUUUUUUUUGUUUUGUCUACAGUUUCGUCACAAGAUGCUUGUGUAUAAAUUGUAAGAUGAUAUGGGGAAAUCAGUUAAUUCAUUGAGUUUAUUUAAGUGAUUAAUAAGGUUGUAAUAUAAUAUUAUAGAUUUUAAAAAUUUCCUCAAAGUUCGAUAAUGAAAUAAUUAAUAAUGAGGAAAAAUAUAAAUUGAAAAAUUUUAAUCAAUGAUGAUUAAUUAAUUUAUCUAAAAAUGUAAAAUCUUUUGCGCAGCUUAAAAUAAAUUAAUUUGUAUGUUAAUUUAUUGAUAAAAAAAAUUAAUGAAACUAGUUAGAUGUAAUUUUAAAUAAUUACAGUAAUAUAUGUAAAUUACAUGAUAAAAAAAAAAAUUCUAAAUGACUUUGAUGAGGAAUGUUUAAAAAUUACUGAUCGAAAAUGAAAGAUUUUUUUUUAAAAAUGAUAUCAUUUACUCAACGAGCCAUGCAAGUCUUAAAUUUAUCGGUUUCAAGAAAAAACAUCAUUAAAAGUUGAAAUUAAUAUAUAUAUUUUUUUUUUUUUGAACUUGAUUAUUUAUCUUAAAAAAAAAAAAUUAUAUAUUUAUCGUAACCACUUUAAUUACAAAGUUGACAUGAAAGUGAAAAAAUAAAAAUAUAUAAAAUUAAAAAUAUAAAAUCAAGUUGAAAGUUUUGUAUUUAUAUUUCUUCAUGUAAUAACUUUACGACGCAAGUUGACGCCUUUUUCUUGUUGAUUUUUUUUUUAAAGAUGAACGUAUAAAAUUUCGAGCGAAAAACUAAGUUUUUUAAAAUAAUAAAUAAAAAUAAUAAAAUGAUAUAGAAAGAAAAAAAAUAAAAUAAAUGAUAAUAAGUAAAUAAAUAAUAAAAUUGAAGAAAGUAAAAAAAAAAAGAAAAUAAAUAAAACUUGAGUUAGACAUUGUGGAUGAGAUAAAUAUAAAAUAAAUAAAAUAACUGGAUUUGUUGGUAAGACUUUGGUCUUUGCUGGUUUUUCAUAGUGAGUGUACUCCACUGGAAUUCCAUUGGGUAUCUCACUUUUUUCAAAGGUUACUGCACCUUUAACCACACCAACUACACAAUUCUCAUCUUAUCUUUAGCAAUUCUCUCCCUCUGUCUCUCCUCUUUUUUUUAUAAACUUUAAAUUCAAAUUAAACAUUAACUCGAUAAUUAAUUUUCAUUAUAUUAAAUUUUUAUUUACACUAUAAAUUUAAUUUUAACAAAUGUGUCGUAAAGUUAUAUCACUCUUUAAUUAUUAUUAUUUAUUUUUUUUUAUUUUUAAAUGUCAAUUUUAUAAUAUAAUAACAAAAAGAUGUGUCUAUAAAUUCAUAUGGCAAUAUGUUUUUAUAACUUUGUAGAAUUUAAAAAAAAAAAAAAUUAACAGCAACAUAAAAUAAUACACAAGUGAUACGUCCUUUCUUUUUAUUAUAAAAAAAUAAUUUAGUAAAUGUAAAAAGACACAAGUACCAAAGUUAUAUGCUCUUAUGUUUGUUGUCAAUUUUUUUUUUAGUUUUCAUUUGCUAAAAAAUUUGUAAAUAUAUUUUGCCAUGUGAAUUUAUAAAUGACACUUUUUUUUUGAUAACUGUACAACCAUGAAAAUUAAAUUAAACAAAUAAGAUAAAAAAGAAAGGAAAUUUGUUGAUUAAAAAUAAUAAUAAUGGACAAAAGAUCUUUUUGAUUAAUUUAGAGUGACUGCAUGGUUGAGUUAAUGAAAUUGUAAAACUCUUAGUAAGCCAAAAGGAAGCGACUAUAAUUGUAAUUAAAACAAUUAAAGUUUGUUAAUUGAAAAGGAUAUGAUAUAGAAAAUGAGAAUAAUAAUGUCAACAAAGAAGAGAUGUAUCAUUGAUUCUAGUCAGAGAAAAAUUUAAAUUUAUUUAUCGAAAAAAAAAUUAAAUAUCAUUUGAUUGAUAUUGAAAGGCAAAUGACAGUUAUGGAGAGUCAAUCAAGUUUAAUCGAUUAUAUCAUUUUGAAAAUUAAAUUAUUGUACAAAAUUAAAUGACAAAAAAUAUAAAAAAAAUAUUUGUGUGAAAUAAAUAUUAGAUUAUGUGUGAGAAAAAUUUAAAAAAUUCAACGUUUUUAUAUUUAUUUUUAAUUUUUUUUUUCUUGAGCUCAAUAAUAAUCGAGCAUUUAUAAAUAUAUUAAGAAAAUAUCUAAUAAUUAAUUAAUAACGAGUAUAUGAUUCUUGGCACACUUGAAAAUUUACUAUUUCUUCAAUAAUUAUAUUAGCAUUUAAAAAAAAAAAUAAAAAUGUAAAAAUAUAAUGUAAAAGUUUAUGAACACCAGUCUUUUUUUUUUUCGUUUUUUGUCGUUCUUAUUUGGCACUAUACAUGAGUAUGGUGUUUAAAAUAUAGUAUCGAAAAUAGUCGUAAAAAAUGAAAAUAAAUUGAUGAAUGAAAUUUAUCAUCUGGGCAACGAAACGAAGUGUUGAAAAAUUCAUGUAAAGCCUAAUAUAGACAGAGCAGCCUUAUUGAGAAAGCAAUAUGAAAAAAAAAAAAAAUGAUAAAAAUAAAAAAUCGUUGAAUAAAUUAGUUGAUAAAUGAAUUUUAAAAAAAGGCUUAAAAUAUUAAUUAAA